AUGCCAGACAAUUUUCCAACGGUUGGAGCAAUUGAUGGUUGCGAUUUUGCGGGAACAAUCAUAGCUAUUGGCGCGGCGGUUACUCAGGACUUUCAAAUAGGUGACAGAGUGUGUGGGGCUGUGCAUGGGUCGGAUCCAGCAAAUCACCUCUCAGGCUCUUUUGCUGAGUAUGUAUGUGCAACAGCUGAUAUCCUUCUGAAGAUUCCUGACGGCGUGAGUUGGGAAGAAGGCGCCGCAGUUGGAGGAGUCUCACUGGGGACAUUGGGAUUGGCGUUUUGGGACUUUCUAGGGAUACCGUUCGAUUGUGAAAACCCCGCCAACAAGACGAACUCGUUGCCAGUACUAGUCUAUGGAGGUGGCACUGCCACUGGAACUAUGGCCAUUCAAAUUUUAAAGACGUGUGGCUUAAGGCCUAUAGCAGUCUGUUCGACUCAAAGCUUCGCUCUCGUGAAAUCUUAUGGAGCUGAGAUAGCGUUCGACUAUAGUGCUCCAGAUUGUGCAGCCAAAAUUCGUAGUUACACCCAGAACAACCUGAAGUACGCCCUUGAUAUUAUCACCAACAAAUCUUCCAUGGACUUUUGCUACAGUGCAAUUGGUCGCAGAGGUGGGAAAUACACGGGAUUAGAGUUACUACCAGAUCAUUCCGGCAUGCGGAGAUUAGUUACUCCAAAUUGGGUUAUGGGAAUCUCCAUUUUCGGCAAAGAGUUAAAGUUAAGUGGCGGGUAUGAAAGACCAUCAAAUCCGGGUCACAGGGUACUAGGAAAAAAGUGGUUUCAAAGUGCACAAAGGUUAUGGAACGAAGGUCUCAUAAGACCACAUCCCGUGAAGGUUUGCCCCGGAAGCUUUACGGAAAUCUUAGAAGGCAUCAAUAUGUUGAGAGAGGGGAAAGUACGAGGAAAGAAACUGGUAUAUCGGCUACGAGAGUGA